UCGUAGAGGUUGAAAACGACGAUGGUUUGACCAUUACGACCGAGGUAGCACGUAAGCAGCUUCGUUACAUGCCUCUUAUACUUCGGUUGAAACGUAUACUUCGGUUGAAACGUUUGUUUAUCUCCAAGAAUACAGACAGACACAUGAGGUGGCACAAAGAAGGCGUACAUGAGAAUCCCGAUGUCAUGGCGCUAGUUUGGGAUGCAUUCUGGAAAUGGUACAAGUUGCCGGAAGAUGGGUCAUAUGAUCUGAACGCUCGUUACGUGUUUGAGUAUAACGCGAACGAUGUCGUUGCAGAUGCAAUGUACUAUGCACAAUUUUAGGCUAUAAAGGCAUGGUACAAGGCAAGUGAUGAUGAUCUGCCGAUGACGAAGACCAAGGCGGAGUGGUCAUCAAUUUACCUUAUGGAGGAGCAAUACCUUAAGGUGGCUGUGCCUUGGAUGGCUACCCAAUCAGAGGGUUAUCGAGCCUUGUGCAGGUGGUGGGCUUACCCUGAGUUUCGUGCCAUUUUCGAAAGAAACAAGGGAAAACGUGGUACUGAGUCGUUCCACAACUAUGGCGGCGAUGGGCAUGUGCGCUUGGCUAAGCGAAUGGUAUGUCAUAGUAUGUUAUAACUUCGAAUUACAUAGAAAUGUGCCAUUCUAACUUGUAUGUACAAGAAGUAAAAAUCGGUCGUAUGCCCACAGAUGUGGAGGUGUAUAUGCAAGGGCAUAGGGGCUCUGAUCCUUAGAAUCCUGAUAUUUUAUGCACUCAGACAACCACCGACCGUCUAGAGAUGGUUCAGCGCCAUAGGCAGGACUACGACUGGAGGAGCCAACCAAUCGACCCUCAAGCAGCAUAUGCUAGCGCAGGAGGACAAACCCAUGGACGGUUGGGUAUUUUUGAUUCUACGAUUGAUUCUAGGGAGUUGAGACGUCGUGGACGACAAUCCACAUCCUCGUCUUCGCAGUCAUAUCGUUCUCGAUCAUCAGCCCAAGAGAUAGAGAUUGCAGUGUUGCGUCAGCAGGCAGAUUAUCAUCAAUCAGUUUUGAGGCAACAAAUGGAGUACCAGAGGCAGCAAGCUGAGUACCAGAAGAAGAAGGAUGAGUAUUAUUCGAACCUCCUGGCACAGAAUCAAGCUCUACUCUCACAACUAGCACAACAAGCGGACGUCCCGAUGCCAACAUAUCGGAUGCCGCCUCCGCACCUUGCACUGAUGCGUCCAAUGUUGUCGCCUCCACCUCCGCCAAAAUUCCCUAUGGGCUUUGAGACACCUACCGUUUCAGUUGCCGCACCUGGAGAUGUGUUUGGUCAAGACGACGCCUCGACUUCUUGGGUGAACAAUAUUUUCAACACCCAGAGUCUAGUCGGAUGAAGUGAUUACAACUCCAACCAACUAGGUGACGGAUAUGUGUGACAAUUCUUCAACUGUGUUUGAUUUGGAACUAUGUCAAUGUUGAUGUCAAAGACUAUGUGAAUCUCAAAUUAUGAUGAUAUUAUGUGAAUAUAGAACUAUGAAGAUAUUAUGUGUGACGGAUGUUGGAACUAUAUAUUGAUGUCAAAAACUUGUAAUAUGUUUGUAAAUGUGAGUUGAUGUUUGAGAAUGUGAAUGCAAAUGUGAAUUGAUGUUUGUGAAUGUAA